AUGGAAACGCAGGAUGGUACCACCCAAGAAAAUCCAGAUAAAGCAGCCAAGAAAGAUGAGGCAGACCCUUUCGAGUUUGCUAUGAAAGUCAUUAUAAACCAUUGUCGCGGAAUAUACGAAUGUUGUCUAAGUAUUCACUAUUUCAAAGAAGUAUGGUUAAUACAGUGCAAGUCUACUGCUCAGAAGUUGCUAGAUCAUGGACUGGAUCAAGAGCGGAAUCGUCUGUCUGCAACAGCUUCAACGUUCAUUGAGCUGACCCGCCGAUGGGCGAAAAUGAUAGUUAGUCAGUCUUGUAUUAAGAAUAAUCAACGUAGCUUUGUUUAA